AUGAGCAAACCAGGCUUGUCAUUCGGCCUCAACUUAGGCAAAAAGCCCGGCGCAUCGAAGCCGGCCCCCGGAAAACGGAAGCCAUUCGGCGCCAAAGCAUUCGGCGGCGACGAUGACUCCGAUAACGAUGCGCCCAACUCGGGAACCAAGAUCGAGUCGCUGGACGAGCUAGGCGGUUUUGAAGUCAAGUCCUCGUCCGGCAGACAACAAGACAGCGGAGGGAGGACGAGCAAGACCAGGACCAAGAAUGCGCUGCCGACACAGCCGCCCACGAGCAGGGCCAAAAAGCAGGAGAGCGCCAUGUUCGGCGACCUCUCGGGCUCGCUCACGUCCAAGAAGCACGCCGAGGCGGCGGAGGAGCUCGAUCCGAGCGUGUACGACUACGACGGCGUGUACGAAUCGUUCAAGCCGCAGAAGAAGACGACCAAGGAGGACGUGGAGAGGAAGCCCAAGUACAUGAAGAGCCUGCUCGCUGCGGCUGACGUACGGAAGCGAGAUGCGCUGAUUGCGGAGGAGAAGAAGAUUGCGAGGGAGCGGGAGGCUGAGGGGGAAGAGUAUGCGGAUAAGGAAAAGUUCGUCACGGAGGCGUAUAAGAAGCAGCAGGAGGAGAACCGACGAAUCGAGGAAGAGGAGAGGAGACGGGAGGAAGAGGAGGCUAAGAAGAACAAGACGGGUGGCAUGAGCGCUUUUUACAAGAAUUUGUUGAAUAAGGGCGAAGAGAGGCAUGCUGAGGUUGUGAAGGCGGCGGAGGACAAGGCCAAGACCGGUCCGACGGUACAGGACGAAGGCGACGAUGCGUCAAAGGAGAAGUCCGAGGCCGAUGUGGCGCGGGAGAUCAACCAAAAAGGCGGUGCCAUCGCCGUCAACGAAGACGGGCAAGUGGUGGACAAGCGACAAUUGCUCCGGGGCGGUCUCAACGUUGGGGCCAAGAAGGAAGCACAGGUCAGGGAGGAGGCUGCAAGACCAAAGGAGAGCAGGCCGGAGCGCGGCGCCGGCACCGGCUUCGUCGGGUCCGGCGGCAAAGGCGCGAUGCGGGAGCGGCAGACGAGGAUGCUUGAGGCGCAGCUGGAGGCGGCCCUCAAGCGGUCCCGCGAGGAGGAGGACGCGGAGCGCGAAAAGGUUGAGCGGGUUACGAAGACGAGGAAGACGGAUGGGGAGAUUUCGAGCGCCAAGCAGCGGUACCUGGCUAGAAAGCGCGAGGCGGAGGAGGCGAAGAAGAAGGGCCUGGCGGAGUAA